AUGAAGUCUACUUCUGCUGUGGCCGCUUCGGCCUUUGCUUCCGGCGCUGCAGCUUCCAUCAUCUCCAUUCAAGUUCCCGAGACGAUUGCCGUAGGCCGUAGCAUCCCAGUGAAGCUCGUCAACAACAUUGACCAGUCUAGCACCUACCAGACCAGCAUUACCUUUGGCCUUGGGAUCAACCCAAAAGCCCCCAGCACUGUCAUCGGCACGCCAGUCUCAUCAAUCUACCUACAGGAUGGGACCAUGCCAGCUGCGCCUUUUACGAGAAACAUGACGGUUCCAGACUGGACUUGGGGCCGCAAGGGCAAGGUUGGUCUACGCGCAGCCAUCUUCGGCGCCUAUGGCGCUACGGGUGGUAUCGGCACCAAGGUGUACAGCGCGAAUGUCACGGUCGGCGACGAUAUCAGUGACAACUACGUUGAGCUUCAGUUUAUCGAAUAA